AUACAGUUCCAGAGGCCGGUUAAAUUCAAAGAUGUUUUGCAGAAGGUUAUGGAUGCUUUUGGGCAGUUGAUGGAUUUGCAUUAUGCUGAGAAUGAGCUCCUGAUUCCCCUGAAAUCGCAAGAAGAUUUGGAUCGAGCUGUGGAACAUUUAGACGUUAGCCCUUCUCUCAAAAGCUUGAGAGUGUUUGUGAAAACUCCAAAGGAAACAAAUCUUCUGCAACCCAACAACACCAAGCAGCAUGAAAUGAGGAUAUCUAAAUCCAUGGGAGAUAUUCUGGGAUCCCUGUAUAAAGACACCGAGAGGACACGGAAGCAUUCAACAGGUUAGAGAGAUGAAGUUGUGUAGUAGACCAUGUCCUACUGAGGAUAAAUCCCAUUCUUGUAUCUGAAUAAAUACUGCUCCUCUUCAGCCUAAACUUUCAGUGUUUCUCGACUUGGCAA